UUGACAUUGUGGAACACCAGCUCUAAGGGACAUUAUCUGUAUGUAGAUACAUCAGUCAAAAGGAUUUAUUACCGAUACAGCUGCCGAAACGAUCGCAGAGAUAUAAUAAGGAUAACAGACAUUCAUUGCAGAGACAAUGGCGAAUUCGCAGAACAACAACGCCUUGAUACCGUUGAUGCUGAUUUUUAUUCUCCUUGUUGUCGCACUGAGACAAGGUCUGGGUCUGAUUCGCUAUUCUAUUCCAGAGGAAUUGGAAUAUGGCUCUCCUGUAGGGAAUAUUGCUGAAAUUUUAGUUCUAGGCUUAAGAGAAUUAUCAGCACGAAAAUGUCGUUUCGUCUCAGCUGACGGAAGCCGGUACUUAGCGGUAAAUUUAGAGACUGGUCUCCUGUUUGUGAGCGGUCGGAUAGACAGAGAACAGCUUUGUGCACAGAGCCCUACUUGCAAUCUUGCCUUUCAGAUAAUACUAGAAAACCCUCUCGAAAUGUACCGCGGGGAAGUGGAGAUUCUCGAUAUAAAUGAUAAUUCGCCCUCAUUCCCAGAAAACACCAUCGUCUUGCAAAUGGCCGAAUCUGUUGCACCGGGUACCCGCUUCCCACUAGAGAGCGCACUUGAUCCAGAUGUGGGAUCAAACACCGUCAAUACGUAUAUAAUCAGUCCCAACGAGAAUUUUGGUUUGAAGAUGCACGUCAGAAAGAAUACUGUUACAAAUGCAGAUUUGCUGUUACAGAAAUCAUUGGACCGUGAAAAAGAAGCAGUUAUCCAACUUGUAUUGACGGCCGUUGACGGCGGUAAGCCUCCGAGGUCAGGGACAACUCAAAUUACCAUCCGCGUACUAGACAAUAACGAUAAUGCACCUGUGUUCGAUAAUGAUGUAUAUACGGCGAAACUGGAAGAAAACGCACCUUUGGGAACAUUGGUGACGAAAAUCAGUGCUGUUGAUCUGGACCAAGGUACUAACGGUGAGCUGAAAUACUCUUUCGUUAAUCUCCCAGACAGAGUGCACGAAUUAUUCAGCCUGGACCCUGAAACUGGUGAGUUGAAAGUUCAGGAACGGCUGGACUUUGAGGAUGAGAAAAGUUACGAACUUGAUGUUCAAGCCGUGGAUAAUGGUUCACCAGCACUAACAGGACAUUCCAAAGUUUUGAUCGAUUUGAUUGAUAUGAAUGAUAAUGCCCCGGAGAUAACACUGAUAUCCCUGUCUGGCAAAGUCCGCGAAGAUGCCCUGCCCGGGACAGUGGUUGCGCUGUUGGACGUAACGGAUCGUGAUUCAGGAGCAAACGGACAAGUUCACUGUGCGAUUCCACUGGGACUUCCGUUUAAAAUUCAGUCCUCUCAGAGGGACCAUUUUAAAGUGGCCACCACUCGUCUAUUGGAUCGGGAAACCAACGCGAUGUAUACGAUACCUGUCACAUCCUGGGACUCCGGGCUUCCUCCGCUAUCAACAAAUCAAACAAUCCAGUUAUCUGUGUCUGAUGUAAAUGACAAUACGCCACAAUUUUCCCAAUCUUCCUACGCCGUCUAUGUGAUGGAGAAUAAUGCUCCAGGUAUUUCCAUUUUCACAGUUACUGCGUUCGAUCCGGAUCUGGACCAGAACUCCUAUAUUUCUUAUUCCUUCAAGGAAAUUUCGCAGGAUUCACUGAUGCCCACACAUUUCAGCAUUGCCUCAAUGAACGGUACAAUUUACGCAUUACGCUCCUUUGACUACGAGAAGGUCAAAAGCAUUCAGAUCUCUGUUCAAGCCCGCGACGCUGGAGUGCCCCCGCUUAGCAGCAGCGCUACGGUGAAUGUGAUCAUCCUGGAUCAAAAUGACAACGCUCCUAUAAUUGUUUCACCGUCAGCACAGAGUAGAUCGGGAGGCGUGGAGGUCCUGCCCCAGUCAGCGGGUCAGGGGUACCUGGUCACCAAAAUCAUAGCAACUGAUGCAGAUUCUGGUCAGAAUGCUCGGCUCUCUUACCAGAUUGUUCAGGCAACCGAUCUCACUCUCUUCAGUGUGGGGCGGAAUUCAGGGGAAAUCAGAACAACGAGAAGUAUUUCAGAGCUGGAUGUUGCAUCGCAGAGUAUUGUCAUCUUAGUGAGGGACAACGGACAGCCGAGCAUGUCCACUACAACCACAAUCUUCUUGUCGAUUUCGGGCAAUUUUACUGAGAAUGUGUCUGAAACGAGGGAUUUUCAUAGUAAUCCUCGUUCUGUUUCGGACGUGAAUCUUUAUUUACUUGUGACCUUUGGAUCAACAUCGGUUUUGUUUCUUCUGAUCAUCGUUUUCUUGGUUUUAUUAAAGUGUAAGCAAGAUGGUGGCAUCGUCCGAGAUUUCGGUUGCCCAAUAUGUUGUCCCAGACCGCGAAAUUCGAAGGAAGUCUUUACUCGGUGCGAUGCACCAAGAGAUUCGUCAAAUUGCACUGGAACUGGUCAGAGGGCAUCCUUCCCUGAGAGCUAUCAUUACUCGGUGUGUUUGACACCCGAAUCAUCCAAGAGCGAAUUUCUUUUCCUGAAACCCUACAACCUAAACUUCACUCAAGGUGUUUUACAAAUUUAUCAUUUAGCAGAGAUUAUCUUCCGUCACUUUAACAUCUCGUCAUGUGGCGUGCAGUUCACUAAGGGGAAUGUGCGGGAUACACCGGUGCCCAUCUACAUUAUGAUUAACUUGAUAGAAGACAGCAUUUGCGCACUGCGCUCCUUUGAAUAUCAGGAAAUCAAAACGUUCCAAAUCCUUAUUGACGCUCGUUACGGCGACGCGCCCCAGCAGAGCAGCAGUGCUACAGUGAAUGCGAGCAUUCUGAAUCAAACUGACAACGUGCCGGGAAUAGUUUUACCUUCAGCACAGUGUAGAUCGGGAGCCGUGGAGAUCCUUCCCCAGUCAGUAGGUCAGGCGUACUUGGUCACUAAAAUCAUGGUGACUGUUAUCAACGGCAAAACUGCCUGUCUUACUCCACGGAAGCGAGGACAAGACAGGACAAGACAAGACCCCCCGGCGGGGCAACGGCCAGACGGCCUGACUUACCCCACGGAGGUGCAGGUAUAUCCAGAGCCUGACUUGGAGCCUACACCUGAAAUUCGUGCUUCUGGAAAAGAAAGCGGCCUCACAACAAUGGCGAAUGUACAGGGUAAGAAAGCCUUACAGUCCCUGGGAUUGCCUUUUAGUGUUAUUAUUUGCUCAUUAAGUAUGGUUUUCGGACAGAUUCGCUAUUCAAUUCCCGAAGAAAUAGAGCGGGGAUCAAUUAUCGGUAACAUUGCUGAAGAUUUAGGAUUAAAGGCUGGAACGUUGCUCGCUCGUAGAGGACGGCUUGUCUCCGGUCGCAUUAAACCAUAUGCGGAAUUAAAUUUGGAGAGUGGGGUUUUGUUUGUCAAUGAGAGAAUGGACAGAGAAAAACUCUGUGGAUCGAUGUCUACCUGCAUUCUUUCUUUCCAAAUUGUGAUUGAAAAUCCCGCAGAAAUGUACCGCGGUGAAUUGGAGAUUGUCGAUAUAAAUGAUAAUACGCCCAUUUUCCCGCAACGCACCGUUGCCUUGCAGAUUGCUGAAAUUAUUGCACCCGGCUCUCGUUUUCCACUGGAGAGCGCUCUCGAUCUGGACGUGGGGACAAAUGCAGUCACUACAUACCUGAUCAGCCCCAAUGAGCACUUCAGUCUGAAAGUGGAGAACGCGGAAGAAGGCAUUAAAAUUGCAGAGCUGUUGUUGGAGAAACCCCUGGACCGCGAGAGGCAGGCAUCUUUUCAGCUGGUGCUGACUGCCGUUGACGGAGGAAAGCCUCGGAAAUCUGGGACAACUCAGGUUGCAAUUACUGUGCUGGACAGCAACGAUAACGCGCCGGUUUUCGAUCGGAAGAUGUACAAAGCCAGCCUGCCAGAAAACACGUCAAGGGGAUCCCCAGUGGUUACGGUGCACGCUUCGGAUGCAGAUGAAGGCCUAAACGCAGAGCUAACUUACUCUUUCAGCAAUCGUGCCUCAAAGAAAGUGCAAGAAUUGUUCAGUUUGGAUCCCCGGACGGGAGAAAUUAGAGUCUUAGGAGAUCUGGACUUCGAAGAGGCAAACAGCUAUACAGUGGAUGUUCAGGCUGUGGACAGAGGGUCACCAGCAAUUGCAGGGCAUUCUAAAGUCCUAAUCAGGAUAACUGAUGUCAAUGAUAACGACCCGGAAAUAGAAGUAAACCUGGUGACUACAAAGGUCACAGAGACUGCCGCGCGCGGGACAGUAAUCGCAAUGAUCAAUGUACAUGAUCGAGAUUCUGGAGUGAACGGAGAAGUACACUGCAAGAUUCCACCACAUAUUCCGUUUAAGUUGCAGGCAUCAUCGAGCGAUCAUUAUACACUAAGUACCAGUGACUCGUUAGAUCGAGAAAAUACCGCACUCUAUAAUAUUGCUUUUUUCGCCUGGGAUUCGGGAUCUCCUCCUCUAUCGACGAACAAAACUAUCCAGAUAUGGGUUUCUGACGUCAAUGACAACGCCCCAAAGUUUUCCCAGUCCUCUUAUACAGUUUAUGUGACGGAGAACAACGCUCUGGGUGCACUUAUUUCCGUAGCAUCUGCUGUCGAUCCUGAUUUGGACCAGAACUCUUACGUUUCUUACUCCUUUGUAGAGAGCCGUAUCCAGGACUUACCAGUAUCCAGGUAUCUCAACAUUAAUCCUGUGAAUGGUACCAUUUCUGCGCUGCGCUCUUUUGAUUAUGAGAAUAUCAAAACGUUCCAGGUGUACGUUCAAGCCCGGGACGCUGGUGUACCCCCACUGAGCAGCACUGCUACGAUGAAUGUGAUCAUCCUGGAUCAAAAUGACAACGCUCCGGUAAUUGUUUCACCUUCAGCAGAGAGUGGAUUGGCAGCUGUGGAGGUCGUGCCGCAGUCAGUGGGUCAGGGCUACUUGGUCACCAAGAUCAUGGCAACUGACGCCGAUUCUGGUCAGAACGCGCGGCUGUCCUAUCAGGUGCAGAGAUCCACUGAUCCCGGUUUAUUCCAUAUUGGGCAAAACUCGGGCGAAAUUAGAACAGCUCGUAAUAUUUUGGAGUCUGAUGCCACGACACAAACUCUAGUAAUUUUGGUGAAGGAUAAUGGACAGCCAAGCCUAUCCAGCACGAUUACAAUCCUCCUUACAGUUACGGACAACAUCACUGAAAGAACCAUUGAAAACAGCAAUUUUGUAACGAAGCCCGAAGAUUUCUCUGACUUGAAUCUUUACUUAAUUGUCACUUUUGGCUGCACUUCCAUUCUCUUUCUUGUCACCAUCAUUCUUCUGAUUGGCAUUAAGUGUAACAUGAGCAGAAAUGUCAGCCAAGACUACAAUUCACCCAGUUGUUGCUACAGCCUUGAACGUUCUAACGACAACUUUCACCUAAGACCUCAAGUGAAGGAAUCUUUAAAUGACAAUAGAACAAACUCGAUGGUUUACGUACCGGAAAACCAUCAUUAUUCUGUUUGUUUGUCUCCAGAAUCAGCGAAAAGCGAUUUCCUAUUUCUGAAGCCGUGCAAUCCGCCAAUAUCUCAGGCCCGAUGUCAAUCUAUAAAUAUCGGAUAACAAUACCACUUCGAACUCUCUUUAAAACCAAGAAAUUGGAUCAAUGGGAAUAAAUAAUUAAAGAGAACCAGAAACAAAGUCCAUUGUCUAUGAGGCGAAGAAAUCGUAUUUUAAUAUGAAUAUUGAUUGCAAAAUGCCAUAUUCAAGGACAACAUUUCGCAAUAUUUAAUCCAGACGUCGCAAACUGGCAUGUUUUAACUGUUAUAGAAAUUCGACGAUGAGUUUUUGACUCACACUCCAAAACCCUUUGUUGUUAUGUCAGCUGCACCAAGCAUGGUGGUCACA